AUGUAUGAGAGUCUUCCAGUGCCAUUCGGUUUAGUUCGUCACGGUGUUGCUCCCGAUCAUCCUGAGGUCAAGAAUUGUCAGGACAAGUUCGAUGAGAUUGCAUCACAGCCCAACUUCUCGUUUGUCGGAAAUGUAUCUAUUGGUCUUCCUGGCCAUUCUUCCGAGCACUGCACGAUAGAGCUUCAAAACUUGAUGAGACACUAUGAUGCUGUUCUUUUCGCAUAUGGCGCUUCUGAGGACAAAAAGCUGGGAAUCCCUGGCGAGUCAACCCUCAGCAAUAUUCACUCAGCACGAGAGGUCGUGGGCUGGUACAAUGGUCUACCUGGAUGUUCUGGUCUUAAUAUCGAUUUAACGCAAGCUGAAGAAGCCGUUGUUAUCGGCCAAGGAAAUGUUGCGCUCGACGUCGCAAGAAUGCUCUUAGAAGACGUUGAUGUGCUGAAGAAAACGGACAUUACGGAAAAGGCACUGGAAGCCCUGUCUAAAAGCCGGAUCAAGAGAGUUCAUGUCGUUGGGAGAAGGGGGCCAAUGCAGGCUUCAUUCACCAUCAAGGAAGUGCGAGAACUGAUGAAUCUCAAAGAAGUUGCGUUCUUGCCCCUGAAUCGGUCUUUGAUUCCCGAGAAUAUCAAGACUUUACCACGUGCCUCAAAGAGACUGAUGGAAGUGCUGGUCAAGGGUUCACCAACCCCUCAUGACGCUGCUUCUAAAACAUGGUCUCUUGAUAGCUGCCUUUCACCGAAACAUUUCCUCGGGAACCAGAACGAUCCGUCCAAAGUUGCAAGUACCGAGUUCGACAUUACAGAACUCGCAUCGCCCUUUGACCCGAAGUCAUCAGUCAAAGCCACAGGGGAGACUGCACUAUUGCCAUCUGAUGUUGUUUUCCGCUCCGUGGGAUACAAGUCAAUCGCCCUGCCUGGAUUUUCUGAGAUUGGUAUCCAAUUUGAUGACCGGCGAGGAAUUGUCGACAACGAUGGCCUUGGUAGAGUGACAAGGAUGGUUUCAGAUGCGCAUGCAGGCGGCGCUCACAACGAAAAGGUCCCCGGAGUCUACUGCGCCGGCUGGGUUAAGAAUGGUCCCACUGGAGUUAUUGCAUCCACGAUGCAAGAUGCAUUUACGACAGGUGAUGCGAUCGUUCAUGACUGGCUCUCAGGAGGUCAAUUCCUCAACACCUCGGGCAAUGGUAACGUGACUGGAUGGGAGGGCUUACGACAGGACGCCGGGCCAACGACAUGUCGAGCUGUUGGGUGGGAUGAUUGGCGAAAGAUUGACCGCGCAGAGCGAGAGCGUGGGCAAAAGAUCGGGAAAGAGAGAGAAAAGUUCACAAGAACAGAGGACAUGCUAGCGGUCCUUGACUAA